AUGAGUUCUCCCCCCCGCUGCCCGAAUUCCCAGGUCACGCGGUCGCCCAGCUACUUGAAGGGGACGGCGGGUCUUACGGUAUCGCCCUCCCCGGCGGCGGCGGCAGCGGCGGCGGUAACCGGGACUACUACCCAGCACCCCAAAGCGGUCGUCGCGCGCUCGCCCUCCUCGACCACCGUUAUGGAAAGCCCCCCCGCGCCGGUACGCACGGGCAGACCGAGCAAGCCAAGGCGGGCUGCUGCUGCUGCUGCUGCUGCCGGGGGUGGUGUGAGAGUGCCUCCGCUCGGCUGCGGUGGUGGUGGCGGCGGCGGCGGCGGCGGCGGUGUCGCCCAGGGCCAACAACUUCUGCCACCGCCGGCUCUCCGGCGGGAGGUCGGCAGCGGUUUGUUCAAGAGCGACGCCAGAAACAGCUGCGGCAAGGGCGGCGCAGGCUCAAGCGACGUUGUGGCGGUGGCGAAGAAGCCCUCGCAUUUGCGCUACCUCUCGCCCGCACGGGAGCAGCAGAAAGAAGAGAUUUUCUCUUUCGGCAGGAGCAGCAGUGGCGGCGGCAACGAAGGCGGAAAGCGAGAGAUGUUCUACUUCGGCAAGAGCGGCGGCGGGGACUUGGGGGAUACCCCGAGUACCCCGGGCCCCGGCCAGCCAGCCCCGUCGACGCCAAGGGUAGGACAACAUCAGUCGUGCCCAACGGGGACGGACGGCGAGCACCUACCUCCUGAGACACGGGGGGCGGCGAUUCCCAUGACGCCGAAGGUGGCGAGAGGUCCCGAUACUCCGGGGUACGCGUCCACCCCGUGCAUUUGCUCUCCUCCGGCCCCGCUCCAUCGCGGCAUUACCGGCAGCGGUCAGCCCAGGGCGUCCAGCAGGCUGAGCAUUGGAAUCGACUGUAGCGGCCCCAACAACGGCAGCGGCCGCCCGCCGCCGGCCGCGGCGGCGGCGGCGGCGGCGGCCGGCAAUGACGGGGGUCAGGGCUUGGCCCCGGGAUGGGCGGAGGGCGAGGAGGAUUUCAUCAGGAGUGGAACAACGGCGGCGGCGGCGGCGGCGGCGGCGGCCCGUCGCCCCGCCCGCGCUCGACGAAAAUGCCGGCUGAACCAGCGGAAACCCAACCUCGCGUACGACAGCGAUUCCUGCGGAGAAAGCGCGACUGAAGCGGAUGCCGACGGGGACGGGGCGGAGACGAGCGGCGGCCUCCGCGGCGGCUCUCAGGGCAGCGGUGGCAGCAGCGCUGCCGAUAGCUGUCGGCGGGAGCGAUCGACGAAUCGCAAGGAACAGCUGCUCGAUGCCUCUUCGUCGGAACGGUUUUCGGAAGAAUUUUGUGGCAGGGAUGGUCAAGGAGGAGGGGCUGGGCAAGGGUCGGGUGCGUGGGCAGGGGCGGGCGCGGAGGCGUGUCCCAAGGAGCGCGGGGUUAGCCGCCGCCAUAGGAGGAAGAGGAAGCCGGUCGUGCGGCGAGACGAGGAAACUUUGAUCGAUUUCAAGGACCGCAUGGCGGCCAUCACUUCCGCGACACGCCUUGCGGCGACCGCCACUGCCACCGUCACCACCAGCUCUAGGAACGCCUUCCUCAUGGCAACUCCCCCCCACCCCAUCUCGUCCUCGGCCCCGCCGCUGCCCCGCCGACGCCUCCUGAGCGCGGCGUCGCCUUCGCUGUCGCCGCCCCCUCCCGCCGCCGACGCCGCUCCCGAAGGCCGCUGCCCGUUGAGCGGUGGCGGCCCCUCGAACACGCGCAGGCCCUCGGCCGCGGACGGCUCCCCCAACCCGGCCGCGGGAAGUUCCUCGGUCGAUGCCGACAACGUCGUGGCUGGUGGUAGCUCGGAAGUUUCCUGGGGAGGCUCGUCGUCGGGGUCGGCUUGGUCCACUCCCGAGCGGCGACGGAAUGGGGAAGAGGAACCCGGCAGGGCAGCGGCAGCGGCAGCGGUAGCGGUAGCAACGGCUGGGCUGGAUGGUGGCGUCACGGCGUCGCCAAAGAGGGAGGGCGCCGCCGGGAGGUCGGCCGUGCGCCCGCCGAGGACGACGCUCAAACCUUCGGAGAGAACGGCGCUGAAGACUCGCCCGUGGCCAGACUUCGAGCGUAUCAGGUACGAGCCGCCGGAGUCAGCGGUAACAACUCCCCUGAGGCGCUCGGACUGGAAGGUGCCCCACGGCUCCGCCAUGCACGCUCUCGCCGCGGCUCUCAACGAGGCGGCCGGUAGCACUGCGUGCUCUUCGCCGCUGGACAUGCGGCAGGAGGGCCGAGAGAGCGUUCGACGGAGGUAUCAGGAGCGAGCGGACCACUUCCGGCUCAUUCAGGCGGCGCGAGAAACGUCGGCCGGCAAAGGCUCCGCCAUGCUCCUGGCGAUGCGACAGAGGCGGCAGGCGGAGGAGGACGCUCUGAGGGCCACGAGAGAGAGGGAGGCUCGCGCGGCGUGGAUAAAGGAGAGGAUCCUGAUGCGCAUGCUCGAGGGGCGUAAGGCGGCCUUUCUCGCAUGGGCCUGGCACACCAGAGUCUGCCGCAACGCGCAGCAGAUGGUCAAGUCGAGGACGGCCUCGCUCUCGCUGAAAGUUCUCACGGCGUGGAGGGGGGAGGCUAACCGAUCGAGGCGAAUUCGGGAGUUCGUCAUCAAGCACGUGAGUGGGUCGAAGCGAGCGACCUUCAUGGCCUGGAAAGAAUCGACCAGGAAGUCUGUGGCCGUGCGGAAGAUGGCGCUUUCCCAGCUGCAAGGAGGUCGGAAGUCCUGCUUCUACGCCUGGAGGAAGGCGACAAGGACCAACUUGCGCAGGCGAGAGCUCGCCCUGGAGAAAAGCGCGCUGGCCCGUUCGGCUCUCAGCGGCCUGGCGGGUACCCGAAGCCGCUUCGUGAGGUGGAGGACGUGGGCCCGGCGGAGGGCGGCAGCGCGGAGGAUGGCCCUGAGAGCGAGGGAGGCUUGGCUGCAGAGGUGCUUCCUGGCUCUGGCGGGGAACCAGCUGAGGCUCCGGCAGCGGCUCGAGGAACGACGGAUGGCCACGCUAGCGGCCGUUUUUCAGGGCUGGCGUGUCGGGCUCGGGCGCCUGCUUCGCGCCAGGCUCGCCCCCACCGCGGAUAGGGGUACCUUCACCGCAGACGACGGGGCCCCCGGCGGCGGCGGCGGCGGUGGUACCACACGUGAUGCGAGAGACGGGGCCCCUCUCUAUUCCUCGGUGGACGCUGAGGGUUGGGGGUUUGCCCCUGCCCGGGAGGAGGAGAAAACGGAGGUGUUUUCUCCCGGGAAGGGGGGGGCGGGAUCUCCCGAUAACGGAGGAGGUGGCGCCGGCGACACCACCGACCGCGGCCGCGGCAAGCGGUCGGAAGCGUUGGGGGUGGGGGGGGCGGUAGCGUUAGACAGCGAUGCUGUCUCCCCGAGCGAUGGUGGUGCUACAGGUGCGCGUGUUCUUCUUCUUCCCCCGUCUGCAUUUUUCGCCUCGGGGAAGACGCUCGUGGCGACCAAGGCGGUGGCGGACGAAGAGGUUGGCGCUUCCGUCGAGGCGGCUGGAACUGGCCGAUGGCCUGGUGGGGGUGACGAUAGUGCUGCUGCUGAGGAGGGCGGUGCGAGGGGCUCGCGCCGUGGCGCUUCGAGGCACCGGAAGAGGCGGCCGAGGAAGGGCGGCGAUGGAAGCAGCAGGAGGGCCAAAUCUCCGUGAGAGAUUUGGCGCAAGAGAAGAAGAGGAGGAAGAACUGUCGAUGUUGUGUGUGCGUGCUGUACGCCCAGUAUGACGGGGGAGCUUUCUUAUCUAGGAGGAGCUUUGUGUUGUCAAUAUAGGAGAAGAGUCUGUUGUGUGGAACGUUCGAAAGGCACCCCAUGACUACCCAAGCUUUGUUGUCUAGGAGAAAAAUCUGUUGUGUGUGUCUCGAAACGCACCCCCCAUGGCCAGGGCGAGCUUUGGUUGUCAUGUGAGUAUCGGGAGCAAUAGUGUGUUGUGUGGUGGUGUUUGGAACUUUUUCGUGUGCUCUCGAUCGAUCGAAUAAGUCGCCGUUUCGAGAGCAGCUCGACUUGGUCGGGAGCUAGUAUGUCGCAGAGCGACGAGUAACACGCUCGUGGAGUAGCUUUUGUGGUGUGUUUUUUGUUCUGUCUGCGCGAACGCGCGUAGACCUAGCGCCUCUGUUGAAAUCGAAGAGAUGGUCGGACUGGAAGGAAUGGACACCUAUUCAAUUUAGUAGUAGUGUUACAUUACAUUUGAGGACGGAUGGGGGCCACGUCGCGUGUGUUGGCCUCGUUGACCCCCUGGUCGCUUACGCUUGCAUGUAGACUUUCACUGCAUUAAUUGGGUAGGCUCGGUGGCCAUAUACGUGUUGUCCUUUUUCGGUGAAGGUUAAGGUUGGUGGUAAAGGGGUGGUUCGAUAUCGGUGUCCUCCCGUCUGGCUUCUGAAUGUACGUACGAAAUAUCAUUCCAUAUAUAUUUUUUGUCCCCGUAGGUCGCCUCCUCUAUUUAUGUUGCUUCGCGGAGACCGACACCGAGAGUUUUUCGUAACUGCGAUUUUUUUUUUCAUUGACGUCUAUGUUUUUACUCCGGGUUUUUAAGGCUUGAUGACAGAUAUAGGUGUACAGCCCAUACCCCGUGUGCGUCGGACAUUCAUGGUGCGAAAAAUUUACGUAGGGCAUCGGGGCGGGUGAAUUUGUUGGCUGGUCCAUGUUGUAUUUUUUUGCACAUUGAAUUACUUGCUGCUGUGUACUUGUUUCAAUUUUGCAUGUUUCGAUGAUGGUUGCACGUUGCUCAGAUGGUACUUUUUCGUCUCUCCGUUGGGACUCUUUCUCAUCUCUUCAUAUUUCUCUGUUUCGAGUGCUAGUGUAUGCCAUGUGACCGCGUCCACCCCACCCCUCGAGGCGAACGAAGGCCUCGGUUGCUCCGUGAGGAAGGCCUCGGUUGCUCCGUGAGGACUCCUUCCGUUGGCGCUUGCUCUGUGGUACCGUACGUCUGCGUUCGCCGCAAGGGCGGUGGUCGAGCCGGGCAGAAGACGUCUUGUGUUGCUUUAUUCUGUGUGUCUGGGUUUGUGUGUAGUCUUCAUCCACCUGGCCUGCAACAGCACCGCAAUAUGCAUUCAUGAAC